AUGCUUGCUUCUCUUCCUUCCAUUGUCUCAGCGCCAGCGAAGGAGGCUGGCGAGUCCAGCAAGAAGCCUGUUGAGACCUCCAUCAUUGACCCCGUAGGUAAUCCAACUGAAGCUCCUGUCGCUACUCUUGAUGCAAGCUCUGGAUCUGGUUCAGGAGCUUCAGGCAUCACACGAGCCAUGCCAGCAUCCAGCGGUGCCAGUGCUGCUGCUACCGCCAUCCCUGUUUCUGGUGAAUUCGAUGGGGAAAUGGCAUACUAUGAUCAUUCCCAUGCCAUCACUCUAAAGCAAAAGUCCGGCACCUCCACCAUCUGUGGAGGAGGUGCUUUUGACGCCGCCGAUAAGGUUGUUCAGUUUAACGGCCGCGGCACUUACGAGAUCUCCGACUUUCAAGUCGAAGAUUAUGGCAAGCUUGUGCGAUCUUGUGGUAACUGCAAGGAUAACUACGGUCCCCGGAAUGUUGUUACUGACAACGUUGCUGCUGUCAAUGGCGGUGUUCUCUGCGGUAUCAAUACUAAUUAUGGCGACCCUGGCACCACCUCCAACGCUUGCCAGGACUCAGGCAAGAACUGCGACCUUUUCGAUAGUUGUGUUCUCAAUAUGGGAAGACCUCAAUGGGACUUGAUGGACGUCAAUCUUAUGAUAUCGUAUCGUUGCGGAUUGCAGUGA